AUGUCUUCCUUUACUUUUUCUGAGGUCAUCAACCCUAAUGUCGACAAGCUCCAGUGUGUGCCUUCACUGAUCUGCGACUCAAGUUAUCCAUCUGGUCGACGCUAUCCCAAGGACCGUUCUGAGCUAAUCCAGCGAAAGGAAGAAUGGCUGCGCAAUUGGAACAAGCUAGUGGAACUUAGUGAUAAUGCCAUGAACUGCAAGACCUACAACAUGAAUCUCCCACUCUUGUCGGAUGAGGUUGCCCUGGGUCGCAAGGCAGAAGAGGCCCACAAGCUCUAUUCCGCCCAGGUUCAUGCAUAUAAGGUAGAGGUCCAGCGCCUUGUCAACAAGCAGGCGGAAAGGGAGAAGAGCAAGGAGCGGGAGAUGGAGCAAGAAAAGGGCAAGGGGAAGUCGGGAGAGACAGAUGCAGCCAUGGAUGAGGCAGAUGGUGAUGCUGAUGCGGAAGGAGAGUCGAUGAAGAAGAGGCGGAUGAGGAAGGCUUUGAAGACUCCUCGCGCUGUCACACCUGUGGUGCACCCAAACCCUUGUGCCUGGUGUGUAAGGGCUACUAAGCCAUGCGUCGGCAAGCCGGGCAAUUCUUGUGAGACUUGCAAGGAUGCCCACAAGAAAUGUGAGUAUUCAACCCACGGCAUGGAGGAGAGAGCUGCUGCUCGUGCUGUCGUGGCCAAGGCUGCUGUCAAGGCACCUUCCGCUCCCGCUGUGGGUUCCUCUGCAGGGUGGGGUGUCAUUAUCCGUUGCCCCAGGGAGACCCCUGAAGAUGCGACUUCUGCUGAGUCAGAAGAGGAGGAGGAGGAAGAAGAGGAAGAGGAGGAAAUUGACCUCCUGGCGGAUGCUGAUGCUGACGAUGAAGACCUCUAUCUGGAAGGCAAGGUGCGGGCGCUAUAUGCCAAGAUGCUGACCAUGCAGGGAAUGCUUAUGGAGAUGAUGACGGAGGUGGAUUCCUUGGUGGUGCACUGCAAGAAGAGGAGGAGGCUUUGCUAG